AUGAAGCCACCAGUACCUCAGCCAAGUGACGGUAUUAGAACACGAAGAAAACCAUCAUCAAGGGGCCAUCCAAGAUUUGUUGGUGUUCGCCAAAGGCCAUCAGGAAGAUGGGUUGCAGAGAUCAAAGAUUCUUUACAAAAGGUGAGGCUAUGGCUUGGUACUUUUGACACUGCUGAGGAUGCUGCAAGGGCAUAUGAUCAAGCUGCUCGCACAUUAAGAGGGGCUAAUGCUCGUACUAAUUUUGAACUACCCGCGUCUGAUUCCCACCAAGGUAGUAGUAUUCUUGAAAAUUCUGUGCCUUUUAACUUUGAAGAAGCCUGCAGAACAGAGGAACCUGAAAAUAGUCUUGUUGGUGCACUUAAAGCUAAACUCUUUAACAGCAAGAAUUCAAGAUCUUUCAUUCAAGCUUAUGCCUCUAAUUCAACUUCUCAAUUAGCAUCCAAAGUUAAACCAUCACUACCUUGUAUUGAAAUCAAGAAAACAUCCUCACAAACUGAGAAAUUACCUAAAAUUGACAAAUAUUCUGAUGACUUGUUCAGGGGAAAUCACAAUCUUGAUUACAUAAGCCUCAUGACGAACGAUUAUCAGCCCAUGAUCUCAUCGUCACAAUGUCAAGAUAACCAGUGGUAUAGUGGGACAAACUCAGCGAUAAUGUGGGAUAACGAGCAAGGACGAUUACCAUGGGGAGAACCACAAAUGAGUCCAGUCCAAGACGAGGUUUCAUUUAGUACUACUAUAAAUAAUAACAUUUUUGGUGGUACUGCUACUUGUACAUGGCCAGUUUCAGUUAGUGGUGAACCAAUGGUUGAUUUGUCUACAUUUGGGGAAGUAGAUGUUUUAAAUGGGUCAAUAAUGAUGCCCGAUAUGAAUGGAUUAACACAAAUAGCUUCAGUUCCAACUGAACAACAGUUCCUGCAGUUUGAAAAUGGGCUUUGGGGUGUUGGUGACAAUGCAGUUUGGGAUCCCUUCCUUUUAUCAUCUGUGUGA